CGCUGAUUAGGGGGGUGGGGAGAGGGAGAGGGGCUGCUGUCCGGUCGGACGGAGUCUACAUAUACUCCGACGGUGCCCGGACGGCGCCGGUUAGGGUUGGUCUUCGGGCUGAUUCGCCGUCAACAUGGCGCUCCCGGACGUCAGGUGGGGCCAUGGCUGCCUGGCAGCAGGGCUGCUCCUGGCAGUGGCAGUGGCCACGGCGCAAGCCGCACCCCCGGGCGGGGACUACCGCCUGUCCGGGGACUACGUCCCCACCCACUACAAGCUCAAGAUGGUGCCGUACCUGGAGGAGAACAACAUGCGCUACACCGGCACGGUCGACAUCACGAUCAAGGUGGCCGCGGCCACCGGCAAAAUGAGCGAAAUGACCCUGCACGCCCACAAGGACCUCGCCAUCAAGGUGGACAGCCUCGUCGACACCGCGACUAAGACAUCUCACCUGUCACCUAAAGACCCAGUGUUUAGCAACGACGACAAGCAGUUCUUUACGAUCUACUUGAACAAUCCAGCCAAGAUGGGCGACGAGUAUCUCUUGUCGAUGUCGUUUUCGAGUCCGCUAAAAAUGGACAACUACGGCUUCUAUGUCAGCUCGUACAAAGUUAACGGGACGACCGAGUACAUGGCGACGACGCACUUCGAGGCGACGAGCGCGCGCAAGGCCUUCCCCUGCUUCGACGAGCCGUUGUACCGCGCAACCUUCGACAUUGCGGUGGCCAAGCUAGACGACGAGAUCGCGCUGUCCAACAUGCCCCCCGUGGGUGAGCCCUCCAAAUACGACCCAACGAUCGGCAACCGCCGGUGGGUGACGUUCAAGCGGACCCCCGAGAUGCCGACCUACCUCGUGGCCUUCGUCGUGUCCAAGCUGAAGAAGGUGAACACGACCAGUGACAAGAUCAACAUCUACGUCCGCGAGGGAGCCGAGAACGGCGUGACCGAGGCCCGCACCGUGGUGCCCAAGCUCCUGAGGUUCCUGGAGAACUUCAUGGGCGUCGCCUACCCGCUACCGAAGCUCGACUUGGUCGCCAUCCCGGACUUCCCUGCCGGCGCCAUGGAGAACUGGGGACUUAUCACAUUCAAGGAGGACAUGCUCCUCGUGUCCGAACUCUCGGCCGCCGACCGCCUGGCCGAGUCCCUCCGCGUCAUCACCCACGAGUUCGCCCACCUGUGGUUCGGCGACUACGUCACGCUGCAGUGGUGGAACACCAUCUGGCAGCAGGAGGGCAUGGCGGCCUUCAUGGAGUCGUACGCCCUGGACGGGGCCACAGGCGACGCGUACCAGGCCAUGUCGCGCCUUGGCACCAGCCGGGUGCAGUCGGCCCUGGACGCGGACUCCCUGGAGCACUCCCCUCCACUGACAAAGGACGACAUCCAAACGCCGGACCAGAUUGAAGACCACUUCGGCGUCAUCACCUACUCGAAGGGCAGCAACAUCCACUACAUGCUGCUCAACAUUCUCGGGACCACGGUGUACAGGAAUGGCCUGCAAAACUACCUCAGCACAAACAAGUACAAGUCGACCACUCCGGAUGACUUCGCGGCAGCCCUGCAGGAGAGCGCGGACGAGAAACCGUGGCCCCUCAAGGACUCAAUCACCAUCAAGGCUGUCAUAGACUCGUGGGCACUGAAGCCCGGAUACCCUGUGCUCACUGUCCUCAGAGACUACGAGAGCGCGAAACCGCAGGCUGUGGUUUCCCAGAAAAGAUUCCUUGCGCACGAGCCGUCUGAUCCUGCAGCACUCGACAGCAAAUGGGUGAUCCCCAUCUCAUUCAACAGUGUUUACGAUGACGAGUCUGAGUUCACCAACGUGCUGCAGGAGUCAGACGAUGAGAAGACCAUGGACUUGCCGUCGUCCCUGCUACCAAACAACUAUCUGUACAUCAACAAGGAACAGGCCGGCUUCUACCGUGUCAACUACGACAUCCGCAACUGGAUGAACCUCGCCAAGGGCGCCUCGCGCCUCGACGCGGCCUCCCGCGCCACCCUCAUCGACGACCUGUACGCGCUGAACCGCGCCGGCCUCGUGGACACGUGGAUCGUGCUGUGGCACCUGCAGAGCACCCUGGGCGACACCUCCAGGAGCGGGGAGAGGGACAUGGCGCCCUGGAUCACCGCGGCCAAGGUCAUCAACGGCUACAACGCCCUCGCGCGCGGCGACCCGGAGCUCACCACUUACCUCCAGACCUACCUCUCCGCCAUCCUGAGACCGGCCUUUGAGUCCAUCGGCUGGACGAGCGACGACGACACCGAGGCCGACAGCUACCAGCGCUCCGUCGUGCGCGACAUCAUCACGCAGCUGGCCUGCGGCGCCGGCCUGGCCGAGUGCAGGAGACAAGCUCUCCGGACCUUCGCCUACCAGUACAACGACGACAACGACGACAACACCUUUGACCCCAACGUGCUCACCGCGACCCUGUGCAUGGGAGUCAAGACUAUGUACCCCGCCUACGCGACGGAGCUCGUGGAUCUCGCGGUGAACACCGAGGACGUGACCACCAAGGCGUCUUACCUGCGCGCCGCGGGCUGCACCAAGCAGAGCGACAUCGUCCAAACACUGCUCGGCUACACGACAAAGGCGGACAGCGGGUUGAGCUCCAGCGAGGUGCUGGCCAUCCUGAAGUCCAUCAUGGACCACGGCGCCGACGGCUGCGACACCGUCCUCACCUUCGUCGCCGCUAACUACGACAACAUCGUGGCCGACCGCGAGUCCAUUCUUCUGGAGAUUGCAAAGAGGAUUUACAAUCAGGCGCAGCUGGACAAGAUCAACACCAUCGCCAGCAGCGAUCCGAAGAAUGACAACGUGAAGGACAUUGCAGGCGUUGCCAAAUCCACGCUCAACUGGGUGACUGAGAACUUGCGCGAGAUGAAGCAGUGGGUCAGCGCGCAGGCGGGCGUCAUCCCGCCAAGGCCCCCGAUGCUCACCCCGGACAACUCCAAGGUCCCCACCGUCGCGCCGCCGACGGCCGAGCCACGGCCCACCGAGCCGCCCAAGGUCACCAGCGAGUGGCUGCUGCCCGAUGACCUGGAGCCCGAAACCUACGUGCUGGACAUCGACACCCAGUUUGGCGACGACCCCGACGUCUAUCCCGAGGAUUUCAAAUUCAGCGGCAAGGUGGUCAUCAACUUCAAGGUCAUAACGAGCACGGCGAAAAUCGUCUUGCACAAGCACGAGUCGCUCACGAUCGACAACGACAAAAUAGCGGUGGUCAAAAGCGACGAUAAUACACCCGUGCUGCUCAGCGGCGAUCCCACCUACACCGAGGAGAAGGAGUUCUUCAACAUCAUGCUGAGCGAGGACCUCAAGGAGGGCUCCAGUUACACCGUGACCCUCGUGUUCAGCGGCCCCCUCAAGAAGGACCUGGCUGGCCUAUAUCUCUCGUCCUACACGGUGAACACAGUCACCAAGUUCCUGGCCGUGACGCAGUUCGAGCAGACGAGCGCGCGCAAGGCGUUCCCCUGUUGGGACGAGCCCAAGUACCGCGCCACGUUCAAGAUCAGCAUCACACACGACAGCACCUUCGGCGCCCUGUCCAACAUGGCCGUCACGAGCACCACCAAGAAAAUUGGGGCACCACGCUCCACGACGAUCUUCGGCGAGUCGCCGCGCAUGCCCACCUACCUGGUCGCGCUGCUGGUCUCCGAACUCCAGGAGGUGCCGGUGCAGGACGCGAACCCCAAGAUCAGCAUCUGGGUGCGCGACGGCGCGCAGGACGACGUGAACCUCGCCAAGGCCCUCGCCCCCAAGGUCCUGAGGAAGCUGGAGGACCUGACGGGCAUCCCGUACCCUCUGGCCAAGCUGGACCUGGCCGCGAUCCCAGACUUCGCCCCGGGCGCCAUGGAGAACUGGGGGCUCAUCACCUUCAAGGACACGGUGCUGCGCACGCCCAAGGGCGCGCUCGCGCACCGCCGCUUCAACUGCGCGCGCGACAUCACGCACGAGUUCUCGCACCUGUGGUUCGGAGACCUGGUCACCAACAACUGGUGGAGCUCGCUGUGGCAGCAGGAGGGCAUGGCCGCCUUCAUGGAGGCGUGGGUGCUGGACCAGGCCACCGACUACGAGUACGACGCCGUGUCCCGCCAGAGCGUGGACCGCAUCGAGCAGGGCCUCAUGGACGACGCCCUAGAGACGUCCGGCCCCAUCACGAACCACACGGUGGGCAGCCCGCAGGAGAUCGAGGAGCACGCGGGCGAGACCACCUACAACAAGGGCGCCGGCUUCCUCAGGAUGAUCCGGGCGAUCCUCGGCGAGAGCACCAUGUGGAACGGGCUGCGGAAGUACCUGCGCGCGCACGCCUACUCGACGGCUGGCCCGGACGACCUGGCGGCGGCCUUCCAGGAGGCGGCCGACGAGGCCAUGAUCAGCCUCCCCGUCAGCAUCAAGGACAUCAUGGACUCGUGGACGCUCAAGAAGGGGUACCCCUUGCUGUCGGUGGAGCGCAACAUCCACGACUCGUACCUCACCGUCAAGCAGUCGCGCUUCCUCGCCUACGAGCCUAGCGACGCGAAGGCGGCGGAGGAGCACUGGAUCGUGCCGUUCAACUGCAAGCAGCUGUACUCGCAGUCCCAGGGCGGCCUCCCGUUCGACCAGUUCCUGCUCACUGACCAAGAGGAGAUGGGCGUCAAGUUCAGCUCAGAAAACGGCAUGACCUACGUCAUCUGCAACACGGAACAGGAAGGCUUCUACCGCGUCAACUACGACCUCACGUCGUGGCGGUUCAUCGGCCAGGCCCUCAAGAGCGGGCUCAUCCAGAGCGGCACGCAGCGCGGCGUCCUGCUCGACGACGCGCUCACGCUGCUGCGCGCGCGAAAGCUGGACCCCUGGAUCGUCCUGUACGUCCUGGAGAACGGCGUCCCCGGCGACGACAGCCUGCCCGUGUGGGGCGCCCUGAGCAAGGGGCUGAGCUUCCUGCGCGGCGCGCUCAGCAGCGACCCGCAGGCCACCGAGGACUUCAACACGUUCGUGCGCGACCUGACGGCGGAGACGCUCGGCGCCGUGGACUGGUACAACUUCUGGGGCUGGGAGGAGUCGGUGCAGAAGAACGAGGUGCGGCAGAUCGUGAGCCGCCUGGCCUGCGACGCGGGCGAGGAGCUCUGCGUCACGUACGCCACAGCGGACAGCAUGGCGGAGGUCCAGGGCUACUUGUCAACCACCCAUCAGGAGAUCCUAGGCGCAAGGCUGUGCCUGGCGUAUGCCGGCGCCAACGACUUCUCACAUCUCCUCGAGGCGAUGCGAAGCAACGACGACUACGACCAGCGCGUGUCGAUCGCCUACGCCAUGGGCUGCGCCACGGACAAGGACGUGCGGAUUGGGCUGCUCCUGAACAUCGUCGAGGACUCCGUCUUCAAGUCCAAUGAGAUCACGCCCUUCUUCGAGUCCCUGGUCACGCACGGCGGAGUGGACGAGGCUAUCAUCUUCGUUGCGGACAACGUCAUGUUCAACAUGCUGAGCAUUAGCGUGGGCAAGGACAAGGCCCUCGAGCUUCUGCAGCUGGUGUCCGAGCGAGUGUACACCGAGCAGCAGUACACUGUGAUCGCCGCGUUCGCAGACCUGAACCCUUCCAUACAGACGACCGUAGCCGAGCGAUCGGCGGCAAACGCGCUCAAGUUCGCGCAGAACGAGCUGUCGCAGGUGAAGGACUACCUUGCCGUGUACGCCAACAGAAAGCCCGCCCCGACGCCGACCCUGGAGCCUACGUCCUACCGCCUGCCCGGCACGGUGGUGCCCGAGAACUACAACCUCAAGAUCACCCCUUACCUGGAACAGGGCAACUUCAACUUUGACGGCAGCGUCGUCAUCACGGCGAAGACCAAAGCCGACGUGCAGGAAGUGGUGCUGCACAGCCACAAGCACCUCCACGUAGUGGUCCUCUCCGUCACGGACCUCGUCGCGAACAAGCCCCUGGCAAUCAAGGGCACGUCCUUCAACCAGCUAUCGGAAAUGUUCACCAUUUCCCUUGACGAAGUUGUCAAAGCCGAUACCGAAAUAUCGAUUAGCAUGCAGUUCUCCGCGCCUCUGCUGAAGGACAAACUGGGCUUCUACCUCAGCGACUACCCAGAGGGCGUCAAGUGGAAGUACAUAGCGACGACCCAGUUCGAGCAGACGUACGCCCGUAAGGCCUUCCCUUGCUUCGACGAGCCGAAAUACCGAGCCACGUUUGACAUCAGUAUCGCUCGGCAGCCGUCUCAGAUCGCUCUCUCAAAUGCGCCAGUCAAGUCCACAUCAGAACCAGAUGCUAAUGUUGGCAAUCGUGUUUGGGACACCUUCUACACAACGCCGCUGAUGCCGACUUACCUCGUUGCCUUCAUCGUGUCUGAGCUGCAGAAGGUCCCCACCAGCGACCCCAGGAUCAACCUGUACGUGCGGCCCGAGGCCGUCCCACAGGCCUCCUUCGCCGCCGAGAUCACCCCGAAGAUCCUCUCCGAGCUCGAGAAGUUCACCGCCGUUCCCUACGCCAUGAGGAAACUCGAUCUUGUGGGCAUCCCAGACUUUUACUUUGGGGCGAUGGAGAACUGGGGCCUCUGCACCUUCAGGGAGAAUCGUCUACUCUACACCGAGGGAUACGCGACAAAGGAGUACAAGAUCUUUGUGGCCGAAAUCAUCGCUCACGAGUUGACUCACUUGUGGUUCGGGGACUACGUCACGCUGGACUGGUGGAGCUCGGGCUGGCUCAAGGAAGGAAUGGCCGAGUUCUUGCAGUACUUCAUCCUCGAAAAGGUGAUGGCUGACGACUCUGAGGACUGGUACCCUCUCUCGCGGCUCGGCAUAGACGACGUGUUUGACGGCAUGUCGUCUGACGCCCUGGAGUACACCACGCCUCUGACCGACGACAACGUCGAGACGCAGGACGAGAUAGCCGAACACAUGGGCCUCUACACUUACGACAAAGGAGCCGGACUUCAUUACAUGCUAAUGGGAGCGCUUGGCGAGGAGACGUUCAGAAAGGGGAUUAAUUACUACCUCAACAUUCACUCCUAUGGCUCGGCCACGCCCGAGGACUACGCGGACGCCCUGCAGAUGGCUGCCGACGAGGACAACGCCCUGCCAGAGGACAUCUUCGUCAUCGACCUCAUCCACUCCUGGUCGGCCAAACCCGGCCUGCCGGUCGUGACAGCAAGUAUUUGGCCGUGAGCCCGAUGCAGGAGAGCGCGCGCGACGGCCAGUGGAUCGUGCCCAUCAGCAUCUACUUCAACUACAACUCGGUGCCGGAGAAGGCCUCGGCCUUCCUGCGUGACGACGGCCAGUCGGCCACCAUCCAGCUGGGCGGCAGCAACCUGGGCGGGACCAUCUUCGGCAACUGGCGCGACCAAGGCUACUUCCACACCAACUACGACUUCCUCAACUGGAUCCGCAUCGGCAGCGCGUUCGCGGGCGGGUCCGUCCGCGACCCCAUGUUCCGAGCCUCCACCAUCCACGACGCGUUCGCCCUGGCCAAGGCCGGCCUCGUGGACCCGUGGAUGCCGCUGUACCUGCUGGACCAGUCCGUGCCCGGGGAGUACAACGCCGCGCCCUACACCGCCGCCUACAGCGGCCUGCGCACGUACGCCGCCCUCGUCAAGGCCGACCCGGAGGCAGACCGCCUGUUCCAGACGUACUUGCACGAUUUCCUGAUGGAAAUUGGGUUUGCCAACGUUGGCUGGGACAGCUUCCGAGGCAACACUGACGGGAGAGUCGCCCGCGACCUCGUCACCAAGCUGGCCUGCUCCGCCAGGCUGAGCGACUGCCGCACCCGGGCCUUGGAGUCGUACAACGCCUACCUGAAAGACAAGUCCAGCGUGGAUCCGAACGUGCUGGCCGCCUCGCUCUGCGAGGGCCUGAGUCAUGGCAGCACCGUGGAGUACACCAACCUCUUCGAGGCCCUGAUGGCCGAGACGGAGAGGUCACACAGAAUGUCCAUCGUGUACGCGCUGGGUUGCGUCCAGAACUCUACCAUCAUUAACGAACUGCUGCAGCUUGGAGGCACGAUGCAGGGCUUCGAGCCCCAGGAAGUGCUCCCCCUGUUCCGCUCCAUCCUGGACAACAGCGAGGGUGGUAUCGACGCGGCUUUGAAAUAUGUGGUGAAGAACUACGACCUCAUGGCUGCCAGCCUAGGACAGAGCAAGGCCGGGGAUGUCCUCAUGACCGUCGCCCAGAGACUGUACUCUGAAGGACACUACCAGUGGAUCAGCACGCUGCAGAGGAUCAGCGACGCUCCGAACGUGCGCGACGCCGUGGACCUGGUGGCCGUCAACGUGGAGUGGACGUCGAGCACGCUCCCCACCCUGAAGGACUACCUGGCCGCCAGGUUGGGCGAGAAGCCCGCGCCGCCGCCGACUCCGUCAGAGACCCCCGUGCCACAGCCGAGCCCAAGUCCGGUCGUCCCGACCCCGGGCAUCGGCCCCACCGAGCCCCCACGACCUGACGACCCGACCAUCGCGUGGCGCCUGCCGAGCACCCUGGAGCCCCUCAACUACAAGCUGCAGAUGGUGCCUUUCCUCGAAGUCGAUAAUUUCGAGUUCAAGGGUUUGGCGGACAUCACCAUCUUGGCGAAGGAGAGCACUGCCGACAUUGUCAUGCACGCCAAGGAUCUGGACAUCCCGUUACAACCGGUGGAAGUGUACGACGUAGCCACGAACAAGCAGUACACCGUGACCGACCUUAGCUUCGACGAAGAGAAGAGCUUCCUCAAGUUAAAGUUGGACCAGAGCCUCACACAGGGAAGCCAGUACGUUGUGCACUUGGAGUUCAGCGCACCGCUGCGCACCGACAACUUCGGUUUCUACGUCAGCAGCUACGUCAUCAACGACGAGACCAAGUACAUGGCCACGACGCAUUUCGAAGCGACCAGCGCACGCAAGGCGUUCCCCUGCUUCGACGAGCCUCGGUUCCGAGCUACCUUCGACAUCUCUGUCGCCAGGUUGCCGGCGCAGACCGCUCUGUCUAACAUGCCAAAGAUCGGCACCUCAACCCCUGAUGCUGCCCUAGGAAACCGAGUUUGGGACGACUUCGCCACCACGCCCGACAUGCCCACGUACUUGGUGGCCUUCAUGGUGCACGAACUGUCCAAGGUAUCCACGAGGAACAGCGCCAUCAACAUUUGGGUGCGGCCGAACGCCGUCAAGGACACCAAGACUGCCGUCGAGAUCGCACCCGAGGCCAUCAAGGCCAUGGAAGACUACACCAACUUCAAGAUGCCCCUGCCAAAGGUCGACUUAGUGGCCAUCCCGACGUUCCCGAUCGGUGCCAUGGAGAAUUGGGGACUUGUUACAUUCAGGGAGGACUACAUCAUCAACCCCACGAAGGCCAAGUCGGAGCACUCCUGGUCGUGCUCGAGUGUCAUCCAGCACGAACUGUCCCACUUCUGGUUCGGCGACCUGGUGACCAUCGACUGGUGGAGCGCCGCCUGGCUCAAGGAAGGGAUGGCCAGUUUCCUCGAGUUGUACAUGCUCGACAGGGCUGACGACGACAAGUACGCCGCGUUCAAGCGCAUCCUGUACGAGCACGUGGAGCCUGCCAUGCAGGUAGACGCGCGCGUAUCGGCGGACGUCCUCACGAACUACACGGUAGCAUCCCCGGAUGAGAUCUCUGACCACAUGGGCACCAUCACGUACUCCAAGGGCGGCAGCUUUUUGAGGAUGAUGAUGCACUUUGUCGGUGAGGGCGCCUACAGGACAGGGCUAAGCGAUUACAUCCGCACCAACGCCUACGGCUGGGGAAGUCCGGAAAAACUCGCCUCCGCCCUGCAGAACGCUGCGGACGGCACGUCGAAGCGGAUGCGAGUCACCGUCCAGGAAAUGUUCGACUCGUGGACACUCAAGCAGGGCUACCCCGUCGUCACAUUCGUACGCGACCGCGAGAACGGCAUCGCGACUCUGACACAGAAACGCUUCGUGACGCACGACCCCACCCCGGACUACAAGGGCGACGCCACGUGGAACGUCCCGUACAACCUGUGGAUCGAGGGCCAGCCCAAGCCGGACACCUACAGCGACGUCCUCCUCGAGAGCCAGAGCGAGAAGGUGAUCCUGGUGGACGGCGCCGACAACAAGCUCGUCCUCCUGAACGCCGAGAAGACCGGCUUCUACCGGGUCAACUACGACCUCCUCUCCUAUAUCUACGUGAACGGCCGGCUGCAGCGGCUGAGCAUCGCCAGCGCGGAGCAGCGCGCCGCCCUCAUCGACGACGCCGUGGCGCUGGCCAUGGCGCGCCAGCUCGAGCCGUGGGUGCCGCUGUCCGUCCUGGAGAGCGCCCUGCCCUACGAGACGGACCUGCUGCCCUGGAUCGCCGCGCGCAACGCCAUCUUCCGGCUCCGCGCCAUCCUCGGCGGCGACUCCAAGUCCCGCGCGCUGCUCGACCAAUUCGUCGCCAACCUGGUGCAGCCCGCGUACGAGAAGAUCGACUGGGACUCGCGCUGGCCCUCGCUCGAGGCGUACAACGACAAGCUGCUGCGCGACGUGGUCUCGCAGGUCGCCUGCUCCGCCGGCAGCGUGCUCUGCGCGAGGAGCGCGCGCUUCGACUUUGAGUCGUGGUACUUCGAGACGGCCGCGCCCAACCCGGACACGCUGGCCGCCACCCUGUGCCAGGGCUUCGGCACCAUGAAGGAGAUGCUGUUCCCCGUCACGUGGGCGCGCUUCCUCGUCGAGGAGGACCCCACCGUGCGCUCCGCCAUCCUCUACGGCUUCGGCUGCAUGAAGGGCGACGGCUCCACCCGCGUGCUCCAGGCGGCCCUCAACCACGCUGGAAUCAAGUCCAACGAAGCCAAGCUCUUCUUGAAUUCGUUCAUCGUGCACUAUCCCGACGGAGUGGACCGCCUCAUUGACUUCAUCGACACAUACUACGACCAAAUCAAAAAGAACACUGGUGUACAGGCGAUCGCCGCGGUGCUGCAGCUGGCCGCAGAGAGAAUCUCUACCAAGAUGCAACACUAUUCGAUCUCCAAAAUGACAGAAAGGGACCCUUGCAUCGAGAUGACGGUGGUCAACCAAACGGCCAACUUCCACUGGAGGUGGAUCGAGGAGGACCUCCCGGUCGUCUUGGACUACCUGGAGGCCGCAGCCGGGGAGUCCCCGCCACUGCCGCCCACGGCGGGCCCACCGACCGUGCCCACCCUGCCCCCAGAACCCACGCCGAGCGGCGACUUCAGGCUGGUGUCAACCGUCAUCCCCCAGGACUACAAGGUCAAGGUGGUGCCCUACCUGUCGGGAGACAAGCAGGGGACCUUCGAAGGCGAGGUGACCAUCACCGUGGCCACCACAGACGACGUGAGCAGGUUCUACAUCCACACCGCUGGCCUCAACUUCGGCAAGGACGACGUCACCAUCCUGGACGACAAGCAGAGCCCCGUGAUGUUCGACGCCUUCUCGAAGAACGAGCUGCACGAAUGGGCGCAGUUCUCGUUCUGGGACACAACUUUAAGAGUCAAUAAAGUCUACACCAUCAAGGUGUCCUACACCGGCACUUUCAGCAACGACAUGAAGGGCUUCUACCUCACCAGCCAAGACGGAAACCAAGGACCAAUGACUGUCGCGAUGACGAAACUAGCGCCCACCUACGCCAGACGAGUGUUCCCCUGCUUCGACGAGCCGGCUCUCAAGGCCACGUACACCCUCACUGUCGGCGCGCUGCAGACUGAAACAGUGGUGUCCAACACAGCGGUGGUGUCUACUUCUCAGCCAGACGCCUCCAUCGGCAACCGCGUCCUGGUGACUUUCGAGACAACCCCGAAGAUCUCGACGCACGGUCUGACAAUCGUAGUGUCCUCGGGCCUCCAGUCCCGCAGCAGCAUCGACAAGAAGAUCACGCUCUACGGUACCGACAAGCUCGUCGCCAACGGCGAGGACACCAUCAAGGCCGCCGAGAGCAUCAUCAAGACCCUGGAGACCAUCACCGGCACUCCGUCCGGCCUCGACGCCAUGGCUCUGAUUGGAGUGAAGGAUGUGGUCGUGGAGGGGUCCGACAACUGGGGUGUGGACAUUCUGAGAGAGAACGCCCUCGUGAAACUCGACACAACGGCGUCCGCCGGCGAAGCCGACAUCUACUGGCUGACCUCCACAGCGCACCGCAUCGCCCAGCACUGGUUCGGCAACCUGGUCAGCAUGACCUGGUGGGACAACGUGUGGCUGACAGACGGCUUCGGCACCUACUUCCAGUACAAGGCGGCCGUGCAGACGGACGCCCCCGGCAGCCUCAUGCUGUACCCGGCCACGUUCGCCUCUCGCGUCGUGUCGCCCGCGCUGCUCGCCGACUCGCUCGAGUCCGCCCCGGCCCUCAACAACCAGCACGUCAUCGGCUCCACGGCCGGCGUCGAGAAGAGCAUCGGUGACAUCUCUGCACUCAAGGGGGGCGCUAUCGUCAACAGUCUCCCUCUCAUUCUGGGUGCUACCGCCUUUGAAAGCGGUUUGAAGAACUUACUGACCACAAACUACCUCGGUGGCGUGGAGCCCUCGGCGCUGUACUCGGCGCUGCAGGCCGGAGUGGACGGCGACUCGUCUCUGCCCGACGGCGUGGACGUGAGCACAGUCCUCAGUUCGUGGGUCGACCAGCCCGGCUACCCCGUGGUCAACGUGAUCAGGGACUACAACAAGGACUCGGCCACGCUGUCUCAGGAGCGCUUCCUUCUCCACUCGCCCUCCGGCAGUGCCGACAUGGACGGCAACUGGUACAUCCCCGUGAGCUACAGCGCGAGAAAUCAGUACGCGAAAGAGUACUCCACGACGCCCGUCAAGGCCUGGCUGGCGCCCAGCACGACCACCGAAGUGCCACUGCCGCCCAAGAGCGGCGCCCAAUGGCUACUCGUCAACUUGGAUCGCAAGGGCUUCUACCGAGUCAACUACGACGUGGUAAACUGGCAGCUGCUGGCGCUGUACAACAGUCAGCCCGGCAACCACAUGUACAUCGAGAUCCCCACCCGGGUUAUGCUGCUGGACGACGCGCUGUCCCUGGCGCGCACGGGCCGCCUGGACUACGUCACCGCCCUGCAGUACGUCGACUACCUCCGCACCGAGUACGUGACGCACGAGAUCUACGCCGCGGCCCGGGAGGCCUUUGGCGCGCACCUCGAGACCUUCGUCCUGGGCACCAAGCUGGAGGCCGUGUACAAGGCCUGGGUGGGCGGCCUCUUGGCCGGCGCCAUCAAGUACUUUGACUACACCCCCAAGCCCGACGACAACUCGCGGUUCCUCGUAGCGCGCAGCGUCGUCAUGGAGUGGGCCUGCGACCUGGGCAUCGAGGAGUGCGUUCAGCCCGCGCUCAAGGACUACCCGUCCUGGGUGGAGGUCAUCAACAGCGUGCCCCACGAUACGGUGGGCUCCACGGUGUGCGCCGGCGUCAGGAACAUCGACGGCCCCGAGGACUUCGAGAGGGCCGUCACCAACCUGGACCUGGAGAUGAACGACGUCUACCGGAAGGCCAUCAUCAGAGGCCUUGGCUGCGUGCGCGACAACACGUUCGCCCAGAGCCUGCUCGCCCUGGCCACGGAGCAAUCCGCGCUGCGCGCCGGCGAGGCGCUGGAGGUCUUCAAGUCCGUCACCCGCUUCGGACCCAGCACCGUCGACAACGCUCUGGACUUCUUGAAGGAGAAGGUCAUCGAGCUGUACAAGGGGUCCGGCAUGGAGGCCACCAAGUCCAUCAUCUCGCUGGUAGCAAGCCGCAUCACCACCGAGGCUCAGAACACAAAGCUCAAGGCCGUCGUGAAGAUGCUGCUGAACGGGUCGGCCUCGCGCGAGAUCACCGUGGCGCAGCUGCUGGUGGCCGACAACCUGCAGUGGCAGGCCGCGCACCUGGACGAGGUGGGCGACAUGCUGUACGCGCUGAGCGGGGUACCCAACCCCGACUUGCCGGCGCCGCCCACCACCACGGCGCCGCCCACCACAACCACCCUCGUCAUCCCUACGGGAGUGUCGCCGGUGGACCCCACCGUCGUCACCCCCGACGACGCCAGCACGGCCUCCUGGUUCACGCUGCCGCCCUCCGUGCCCACGAGCCCGGCCACACUGCCGCCGCUGCCGCCCUCCGGGCCCACCACCGGUAGACCCGGCCCCAGCAGCUCGACCACAACGCCCGUGCCCGACACCACCACGAAGAAGAGCGGUGCGGCGGGCGCGGCCAUCAACGUGCUGCUCCUCGCCGUGUCCCUCCUAUGGCUGCAAAGGCCCCAACAGAUCUAGUCCCAGUGGUUCACGACUGAGAGGAAUAUGUCCACAUGUAGAACUUAGUAUUACAAGAGAGUAAUUUAUUACGGUACUUAGGUGUAAGAAAAAUAAGAAAUAUGAUUAAAAACUUUUCCCAAUAAAAA